AUGCGAAUUGAAGAUCUAACAGUACUCGAGGGCAAUUUUUAUGUCUAUGAAAUUGACGAUCUAUCAGAUAUAGAAAUUUUUGAUCCAUACUAUGAUCCAGACAGCAAUGCUCACAUAAUAAAAGAUGAAUGUGAUAGUGAUAUAGAAAUGAUCAUAGAAAAUACUCCAAUAAAAGAUGAAUUAAUGGAAAUUGUCCCAGUAAAAGAAGAAGAUAUAGAAAUCCAAGAAUUAGUAGACCUAACAGCUAAGCAAAGGAAUAAAAUUAUUUCCCCUAACGAUGUUAAGCUUGGUGAUAUUCUGAAACUCGAUAAACUCACAAUUCUAAAACCAGAAGACGCAAUAUUAUUAUUCAAACCAAAUAAAGAAAUUUUGCCGCAGCCUCCACCAACUAGCCAAAAUAUUCGAUGCUAUCGUCACUUUAUGGAAAGAAUGACUGGAAGUUUGGCUGAACCUUCACCAGGAGCUCCCCCACCUCCACGGCGUAAUAGAGGCCGCAGACUUCCUUGGGAUCCUUUAAAAAACCCUCGCAGAAACACAAGUCUUAAAGCUGGAGUUUACGAUUUACCUCGAGUUUCUGAAGAGGAAUUAUUAAAAUCCCACUCAAAAUGCCUCUUUGAAAGUUUCCAAAAAAUCCACCGUCGAAAAAUCAAAGGUCAACUAACCUCAAUUGUUCAUGAAAAAAUCGUUAUUGAAUUUAAAUUUGAAAUGCUUAACCUUCCCAGGAUUAUUAUGAGGACUGUCCAAAUGGACUAUUUAUCUACCUUCCACCAAGUCCAUAUGGCAAUUUGCGAUAUUUGUGGAUAUGUCCCUAGUGAAUAUCCUAACUAUAAAUUUGUGUUUUUUAAUUUAGAAAAAAAACCAAUUUAUUUAGGAGAUUCAGGCUUAAGUGAAGAAAAAAAGGCUGAACAGCGAGAAUAUAUGAGAAAUACAGUUUUAGUCGACCCUUUGCACCCUGAUUAUUGUGAGCUUAAUUAUCAAAUUGAUGAUGAAGAAAAUGUGAGGUUUAGAAUAAAAAUUCUGAAAUUUGCUGAUAAAAUAGAAGCUUACGAUUAUCCAAUGUGUAUAAGAGCUAAGCAUGUUGGCCCACAAGGGAUGAGGAUUGACCAGUUUAGAGAGGUUCUUGAAAAGCUGGAAAAUGGAGGAAAUGAAGAAAAUGAAGAAAAUAGGGAAUUUUUGCGGCAGUAUGAAAGCUGGAGGAUUAAUAAAAUCAAUAAGCUAGAUGUGGAGUUUCCGAGUUUUGUGACCAGCUCUACUAUUGUGAGGAUGAAUGUUUGUGACGAAAGAAUAUCGUUUUUGAGGAGCAGCCAAUAA